AUGGGGAUACCUCUGGGACUCACGCAAAUUCACCUCUUCUCCUUCUUGUUGCUGGGAAUACCAGGAAUGGAAAAACACCACAUCUUGAUCGGCUUUCCCUUUUGUGCUGUGUAUGUGAUUGCACUCAUUGGGAACUUCACUAUUCUGUUUGUGAUCCAGGCUGACAGCAGCCUACACAAGCCUAUGUUCUACUUUCUGGCCAUGUUGGCUACCAUUGAUUUGGGUCUCUCCACAGCUACCAUUCCUAAAAUGCUCGGGAUCUUCUGGUUCAAGCUGAGAGAGAUCAUCUUUGAAGCCUGCCUCACCCAGAUGUUUUUCAUUCAUAGCUUCACACUUAUGGAAUCAGCAGUCCUCUUGGCAAUGGCUUAUGACCGUCAUGCGGCCAUCUGUAACCCACUCCGAUAUAGUACCAUCCUCACCAAUAAGGUCGUUUCUGUGAUUGGUCUUGGUGUGCUAGUGAGGGCAUUUAUUUUUGUGAUUCCGUUUAUAUUUCUCAUUUUGCGAUUGCCCUUCUGUGGGAAUCAUGUCAUUCCCCAUACCUACUGUGAGCACAUGGGACUUGCUCGCCUAUCUUGUGCCAGCAUCAAGAUCAAUAUUAUUUACGGCUUGUGUGCAAUUUGUAAUCUUGUGUUUGACAUCAUAGCCAUUGCCCUUUCUUAUGUUCAGAUACUCUGUGCUGUUUUCUGUCUUCCUUCCCGUGAAGCCCGACUCAAGUCCCUCAGCACCUGUGGCUCUCAUGUUUUUGUAAUUCUUGCUUUUUAUACACCAGCCCUCUUUUCCUUUAUGACACAUCAUUUUGGCAGAAAUGUCCCCCGCUAUAUCCACAUACUCCUGGCUAAUCUUUAUGUCGUAGUUCCACCAAUGCUCAACCCUGUCAUGUAUGGAGUCAGAACUAAACAGAUCUAUGACCGUGUGAAGAAAAUUAUAUUACAGAAACAAGGAAAGACACGUAAUACAUGGAGGUUCAACAUGCAAUUUUAUGAACCUUAA